AUGGAGACAGAUCGCAGUUUGAUGUACAGGAGCCACACAAACGGGUUGCUAACCACAUGGUACAAGGAGCAUGUGAAGGAGUUUGUCCGGUUUGCAUUACGGCAUCCGGCUUGUAUGAGUGGAGUACAGAUAAAAUGCCCCUGCCCUAAGAGAGGUUGUCGAAAUACAAGCUAUCGGGAUGUCGAUGAGGUGGAAUUCCAUCUAUUGAAGAAUGGGUUUGUGAAAGGUUAUCAAGUAUGGGUUUUUCAUGGCGAGGGGAGCGUUUUGAGUCCCCCUCCCCUUGCACAGUUACCAGAGAAGGAUGUUGAGUUCGACUACGAAAAUGAGGGGCCAGGUGAGUUCAGUUCCGCUCAAAGAAUGAUUCUUUAUGCUGCCGGUCCAGAAAUAACAUUUUCUGAAGAUGAACUAAAGAAUGAUGAAGCUCAGAAAUUUUAUGAUAUGAUGCGUGCGGCUGAAGAAGACAUAUGGCCUGAGAAUAGUAGACACUCUCCAUUUUCUGCAUCUGCUAAUGUGAUGGAGAUCAAGUGUCGACAUAAGGGUUCAGUAGCUUUAGUAGAUGACGUCUGCAGAUUGAUACAAGAGCUGCUCCCGGAGGACAACAAGAUGCCAACGAAUUUUGCUAAAAUUAAGAAGCUGGUCAAAGGUUUGGGGUUGCCGGUUGAGGUUAUUGACUAUUGUUUCUAUAACUGUAUGAUUUGUUGGGGGGAGGACGAGGGUUUAACGCAUUGCAAAGUUUGUAAUUAUGUGCGGUGGAAACCUGUGACCCAUGGAAAAUCCGCAAAAAGAAAGGCUAACGUGCCAUAUAGUAAAAUGUUCUAUUUUCCAAUAACUCCGAGGCUACAGAGGUUGUACGCUUCGAAAGCCACUGCCCGGCAUAUGAUGUGGCACGCAGACCACGAGAUGGAUGGUGAUAAGAUGUGCCACCCGUCCGACUCUCCGGCUUGGAAACGUUUUAGUGAGCUGCAUUCUGAGUUUGCCGAUGAAGGGAGAAAUAUCAGAUUAGGCUUAUGCUCCGAUGGGUUUCAGCCAUUUACCAAUUUUGGGCAGCAGUAUUCCUCGUGGCCGGUCAUUUUGACGCCGUACAAUCUCCCCCCAGGCAUGUGCAUGAAGGAUGAGUUUAUGUUUUUAACGGUUUUGGUACCGGGGCCUAAAAACCCGAAACACCUAAUGGAUAUCUUCCUACAACCGCUAAUUGCAGAGUUGAACCAACUGUGGGAAUGUGGAGUCCAAACUUAUGACGUUCAUAAGCGUCAGAAUUUCCAACUAAAAGCGGCUCUUAUGUGGACAAUAAAUGACUUUCCUGCUUAUUCUAUGUUGUUUGGCUGGAGCACUGCUGGGGUAAGAACCGGAGAUGAACUGUUAGCAGAGAUUGAUCGACUGGGGUUUAAGAGGGCAUUUGAGCCUGGUGCGAAAGUUACUAAUGCAUUACUGUCAAAAGAUGAUGGGUGGAAUAAAAAAAGUAUCCUUUGGGAUUUGCGUUAUUGGAGAACGAAUAUAAUUCGUCACAAUCUCGAUGUCAUGCAUAUUGAGAAAAAUGUCUUCGAUAACAUUUUCAAUACCGUUCUCAAUGUCCCCGGGAAAACAAAAGACCAUGCAAAAUCUCGUGAAGAGUUGAACAACAUCUGUGAUCGGCCACGGUUAGCUAAAGAUCCGGCAACUGGGAGAUUUCCAAAGGCAAUCUGA